AUGCUAUUAGUGUCGAGUUUCUGUGUAAGGAAAGCAAAACAAGUACGAAAAGUUGGAACUACACAGGUCACAACAAAGCUGUUUCUAUGUUCAGCAGUUGGAAAAAGAAACAUUGUGUUGAAAAAAGACCAAAAACAGGAGAAAGAUGAACUUGAAGGUCUACUAACAGAGGAAAAUACUUCUGUGAAAAAACAGAAAAGAAAACCAAGAAGAGUUGCAAUAACUAUGACAGGUUGUAAUGCUUUGAUCAAAGCAAAACUGAAUGAUGGAGGUCAAUUUGAGAUAAUACAGCAUGUUAUGGCCCACAACCACCCCCUGACAAGACAACAAUGGAACCAUUUACACCGCUCAGAACGUGAAAUGACAGUACCUAAGGAGAAAGCAAUAGAGGCUAUGCAUGAAUCAGGUUUUCGACCUAGUGAGUCCUUUCGAUACAUGUCAAACGAAGCUGGUGGAGAAGAUGAUGUAGGACAUUCAUAUAAGGAUCAUAUGAAUUUCUGUUAUAAGCUGAAAAUUAAGGCUAUUGAAGGAGGAGAUUCUCAAGUUGUAUAUGACAAACUGCAAGAUGCUUAUUAUGAAGAUCCUAAUUUCUUUUUCAGAAUAAGGUUGGAUAAGGAUGGAAGGGUUUGUAAUUUUUUUUGGAGGGAUUCGAUGAUGCUAGAAGAUUACAAAAUUUAUGGUGAUGUUACUGUCUUUGACACUACUUACAGAACAAACCGUUACAACCUCAUCUGUGCACCGUUUGUGGGGAUUAAUAACCACUGGAAAAAUACUAUAUUUGCGUGUGCAUUAUUAGGAGAUGAGAAAACAGAAUCCUUUGUGUGGCUUUUUGAGACUUUCAAAAAAGCUAUGGGUGACAAAAGUCCAAUCACACUCUUUAUUGACCAAGAUGGAGCUAUGGCUAGAGCAAUAAAGAAGAGCCAUACAAUAGAGGAGGCUAGAAAAAUACUUGAAGAUAGCUUCAAGAAAGAUUCAGAAGCUAUUCAAACAAUUUUUACAGCUACAAGCAACAAUGAACAGAACACAACAAAUACGACAACUGAGAAUGAGAAUUCUGUGCAAGUUUUGGACCCGGCUCAUGCCAACACUAAAGGAAAGUCAAAAAAGAGGAUUCCGGGGAGUUAUGACAACUUUAACAAGGGGAAAAGGAGAAAGCACAGGGAAUUUGGCUCCAAAACGCCUAAGCAUUUAUUCUGA